UUCGCUCGCGGAAAGCCUCUAUAACAGAGCUUUUUUUUGCUCCCAUCCAUCCACAUUGGUGGCCCUCGGUGGUGCAAAGUGUGGUGAAACUUUUUCCCUGCUCUGAUUGGGAAAUUUUCCUAGUGAUUUGGGGUGUGUUCUUUUCGCGGUGCGUGCGGAUUGUGCAGCAAAUGUGAUGUGAAUUUCAAGGCAAACGUAGAUUCCUGCGAGGGCACGGAGUUUUCAAGUGAUUGAAGGUCAAACUUAGGCAGGGAUUUCGGCUGGGUGGUUCAGUGGAAGAUGAUCAAAUUGGGCUGCCCACUCUAGAGAAGGGGGUAACUGUGUGUGAAAAAUGCAGCCAAUUCCGAAGCUACCAGAGCAAAGUGCCACAGGCUGAAAGGCAUCGUAUUCUGAAUAAAAAAAGUUGCAAUUGGUCUAUAUUGGAUGAGAACCAACAAUCGGAGAAGAUGUAAUGAAAAAGUAAGAAGCAAUAAUGAAGCUCACGUAAUGGUUUACAGUUGUCGUCUGUAUGAAUAAGUGCUCGUGAGAAGAAUAAAAUAAGAAGAAACGGCAAAAAGGAGUAUCUUUCUGGAGCAGAAGUGCUAAGUGAAGCGUGAAAAUACGUCAGGGGAGGUCGUCAAGCUGCAUUCAAUGCAUGGAUCAAUGUCCCUCGCUCGUGGUGGGUGGAUGGGAAAAUAGGGCCAACUGAUGUGAAGCGGAAACAGAAGAAGAAGAAUAAGCAAGCGAAGCAGAAAGCGCCAGGAGCGGAUACGGAAUACCAGGAAGUUCAAUUUCAAAUUUGCCCUGUUAAUUAUUGAUAAGAGGAUUUUCCUUCGUCGGUUGCAGUAGUUAGUUCGAUAUGUAGAAGUGAUCAACAGUGCAAACAGUGACCGGAAGACCUUCUCGAAGAAUCAAAGGCAAGAUAAGUGACCUGUGGUGGAUGAGAGCUUGUCCUGGUGGCACGAUAGUCGUAAAACGAGAAAAGUUUGCCAGCGUCGUCGUCGUCGUCGUAGACGUCGCCGUAAGUGAUAACGAAAAUAUAAUCCUUUUUAAUGGAACGGUGAUCGUUGGCGUCGCAGUUUCCAUAUAAGCUCCGACCACCAGAGGUGAGAUUGGCAUCAGUGUCUGAAGGAAAAAAACAAAUUGAAAAAGAAAAACGAAAACAAGUGGCCAAGUGGGAUAUUGCCGGUCAUACUUCGGACGUGGAAUCGAUUCGAGUGAAGUGCAUUCAUAGUUGCGAUAAAAAACCGAACGAGAGAUAACUUGUGCUCAGAAUUCUUUCAUCGUUCCGCUUCGACCGUAAUCCUCGACGAUUCAAUCGAUUUACGCUGGGGAUAUCUACAAUCACCGCCGCAGCUCAGUUACACGUUACAAACCUCUGAUUCGUAGUCUGUGGCGGCUAUGGAGCCAUCAGUGAAGCGGUGAAAGAAUUUACCAUCACCCUCCCUAAGAACCGGAAAAAACAAGCUGUAAUGAAUGCAAAUUCUGCCACAUUACAUCUACGACGAAGCCAACGAGCUCGUGGCCGGAAUUGGCCUUACGAGAGCUUUAGUGCCUAGCCAGAACGUACAUAAUUCGCCCCUGAACCCGGGCACCUGCUGCGGGACUAUCAUGGCCAUUAUCAUUAUCACCAGAAGACCAUCCACGCUGGUUACGGCUGAUGAGCAACGAUGAGUGCAAAUGAGAGAACGAGCACCGGAGGAAAAAACGCAACAGAAUCCAAACCGAGCAUACACAAACAAACUCACACACACUUUAUAUAGACCAUUAAGCCAGGACUAACCCAACAAACCGUAAUACAUUCGACGCCCUCUGUUACACCCGCACGCCGCACGAGAACCGACUGUCAGUCAACACGGCCAGGACAGCCCACCGCCCGAGGGAGAGCUGCUGCUAUCGCAUAAUUAAAUCAAGAAGCAGAAGUUAGGUCAAAUACAUACACUUGCGCAAUCACGUACGUGCCACUCUUGCCAGUUGAGCCCCCAGGUGCUGUGCGGGGACAUCGGGACGGAAUCAAAACGGAGCUCAGAAAUGAAAGCAAAAAGCGUCGGCAAAACCAGCAGCAUCAGAACUCCAACCGCGAUGACCAUUAUCGUGCAGACGGUGGUCAUGGCAAUAUGUCUAAUCCCCGACUGGGUUGUCGGGUCCAGGCCCGGUGCUGGCCACCGGUUGGAUGUUUACAUAGCGGGCUUUUUCCCCUAUGGGGAAGGCGUCGAGAACAGCGAAACGGGACGGGGCGUCAUGCCAAGUGUCAAACUGGCACUGGAUCAUGUAAAUGAGCAUUCCACCAUUCUGCGGAACUAUCGGCUGCACAUGUGGUGGAACGACACGGAGUGCAAUGCGGCCGUUGGGGUUAAGUCGUUCUUCGACAUGAUGCACUCGGGACCGCACAAGCUGAUGCUAUUCGGAGCAGCCUGCACCCACGUGACGGAUCCGAUUGCCAAAGCUAGCAAACAUUGGCAUCUGACGCAGCUGUCUUACGCGGACACUCAUCCCAUGUUUACGAAAGAUGCCUUUCCGAACUUUUUUCGUGUGGUUCCCUCGGAAAAUGCAUUUAAUGCUCCCCGAUUGGCGCUGUUGAAGGAGUUCAACUGGACGCGGAUUGGGACGAUUUAUCAGAACGAACCGAGGUACUCGCUUCCGCAUAAUCAUAUGGUGGCGGAUUUGGACGCAAUGGGGCUGGACGUGGUGGAAACGCAGAGCUUUGUGGACGACGUCGAAGAGUCGCUGAGAAAGCUACGUGAGAAGGAUGUGCGCAUCAUUUUGGGAAAUUUCAAUGAAUACUGGGCAAGGAAGGUGUUUUGCGAGGCUUUCAAGCUAGAAAUGUUCGGACGGUCGUAUCAAUGGCUAAUCAUGGGGACAUACGGCAACGAGUGGUGGGACGUUAACGAUACGGAUUGCGACGUUGAUAACGUGCGGAUGGCGUUGGAGUCUACGAUUUUGGUGGAUUUAUUGCCACUGUCGACCAGCGGAGAGAUUGCCAUAUCCGGAAUUACUGCGGAUGAAUAUCUCACGGAAUACAACAGUCGACGAGGGAGUGAAUACUCUCGUUUUCAUGGGUACACCUAUGAUGGAAUUUGGGCCGUGGCAAGCGCCAUUCAGUAUGUUUCACAACGCAAGGAGCGAACUUUGACUAAUUUCGAGUAUCGCGUCAAAGACUGGGAGAACAUAUUUCUAGAAGCGCUGAAGAAUACCAGUUUCGAGGGAGUUACGGGUCCAGUUCGCUUCUACAACAAUGAGCGUAAGGCCAGCUUUCUGUUGAAACAGUUUCAAAACAGCGAAGAGGUUAAGAUCGGGGAGUACAACUCGCUGACGAAUCGGUUGGACUUAACGCUUGGCCACCCAAUGAAGUGGGUUGGCCGAUCUCCUCCAAAAGAUCGAACACUACGGAUUAUUGAGCAUAGUCAGGUCAACAUAACUAUCUACGUAGUGUUGGCAAGCACGUCCUGUGUGGGGAUUGUUAUGGCGACAGCAUUUCUGAUCGUGAAUAUCAGAUACCGGAACCAGAGAUACAUCAAGAUGUCUAGCCCGCAUCUCAACAACCUGAUCAUAAUUGGUUGCAUCCUAACCUAUCUGAGCGUGAUCUUUCUCGGACUGGAUAGCGGCCUAAGUAGCGUACCAGCUUUUCCGUAUAUUUGUACGGCUCGAGCGUGGCUUCUGAUGGCCGGCUUCAGUUUGGCGUUCGGAGCUAUGUUCUCCAAAACGUGGCGGGUCCACUCGAUCUUCACCGAUCUCAAGCUGAACAAGAAGGUCAUCAAGGACUACCAGUUGUUCAUCGUUGUGGGUGUGCUGCUGGCAAUCGAUCUCGCCAUUAUGACCACGUGGCAAAUUGCGGAUCCCUUCUAUCGGGAGACGAAGUACAUCGAACCUUCAGAACAUCCCACCCUGGAAGACGUCAUCAUCGUGCAGGAGAACGAAUACUGCCAGUCCAGCAAGAUGACCAUCUUUGUCGGUGUGAUCUACGCCUACAAGGGCCUGCUACUGAUCUUCGGUGCCUUCUUGGCCUGGGAAACCCGACACGUGUCCAUUCCAGCCCUCAACGACUCCAAGCAUGUCGGAAUGUCCGUGUACAACUGUGUGAUCAUGUGCGUCAUGGGUGCCGCCAUUGCGUUGGUCCUGUCGGAUCGGAAGGAUGCCGUCUUCAUACUGAUAUCGCUGUUCAUCAUCUUCUGUACGACGGCCACGCUGUGUCUGGUGUUUGUUCCGAAGUUCGUCGAACUGAAGCGAAACCCAACGGGCGUUGUGGACAAAAAGGUUCGCGCAACUUUAAGACCAAUGUCCAAAAACCGUCGAGAUUCGUCUGCGUGCGAGUUGGAACAACGGAUGCGAGAUGUCAAACAAACCAACUGUCGCUUCCGGAAGGUGCUGAUGGAGAAGGAAGCUGAACUGCAAGCUUUGAUCAAGCGACUCGGACCGGACGCCAGAGCGUGGAUUGGACUGGAGACCUGUUCUUCGGAGCCAGAUGUCAACAAGGAGUCGGUGAAGAUCCAGGUUAAGAAGGAUUAUGCAAGUGAGGGGACUGAAUUUACUUCCAUUGGAAGCUUGGUGUCAAGCAACGACACCUUGGACUCCGUAGGACCGGAAAGGAAAAAGAAAACUACAGUUGUUCUGCCCGGCGAAGAAGCGCCAACUAAACCAAUUGCCACAAUUAGUAACUCUGUUCCGAAGAGUAAUUUAGUAAACAGUUUGUCUGGACCAGGGGCGAUCCAGACUACGACUACAUCCAUAAUCGCGACUGCAGCAACAAAUACGGUCACUACAGCAGCUCAAACGGUAAUGACGACUGCCAAUCAAGUCAUCGCACCCAAAGUAUCGGUCACAUCGAAUAGUGUUGCCAGCAGCACCAGUGUUCCACAGGACCCCAGCAAACCCAUGUUCAACGACGUUCGACGGGAAUCGAUGGUCAGUUCGAAGUACUCGCCGGGACAAACGAAGGAUCGACUCGACGACGAUCGUCCCUAUCAGAACAUCACCAAAUCAAACACUCAAGUCAAUUGCACAUCCGCUACUUCACUGAAUCAUUCAAGUACCGAGCUUAAUCAAGUUUGCCACCACGCCAAAUCCGUUGGAAAGAGUAGGGAGCAAAUCAACGAUCAAUCACGACGAGUCAGCGUCCAGAUGACAUCGUCACUGAAGGGAAACUUCGUCGUGUCACAGAGUGAUCUCUGGGACACCCACACCCUAUCCCAUGCCAAGCAGAGACAAUCGCCUAGGGGGCAAUCGCGCUGUCCGGAUCACGGACAUCCGACGCCUCAACAGCAGCAACUGCAUCAGCAGCAGCAACUACAACAACAAGCUCAGUACGACCACGAGCGGGAAAACAGCACCACCACGUCACCCGGACCCAUCCAGCGCAGCGUGUCGGAAAAGAACCGCACCAAGCACCGGCACAAACAGAAAAGCACCGCCUGCCAGAGCGAAACCGAUAGCGAACGUGAGCAGCGUGACUAUCAGAAUUUCCCCUCCUCCGUGUGUUCAACGGGCAGCUCCGUGGCGGUCACCGUGCCGGCCGGCAGCUGCGUCACUCCCACCAAGAUCACUUCACGUAAACUGUCGAAAUCGCAGCACUCGCAUCACCAUUCUACGCCGAACGUGGCCCCCGAGAAGAAGCACUCCGUGUCCAGCGGAACGGGCGGAAGCACUCACAUACGGCACCGUAAGAAGGAGUCCAGUUCGAAGCCGAACCUGUACGGGGCGUGCUCGGAGUCGGAGCUCCUGGACGGCGAUACGGCCAUUUUGCCGAUCUUCAGGAAGCUGCUGAACGAGAAGGACUCUAGAUAUAGGACUAGGAAUACGGUGGGCGCCAGCUGUCCCAAUAUAUCGAUUAAAUGUGAUAUUGUUGAGUAUCUGUAAAACGGAGGUGUGGUACGUUACUUUUUUUUAUAAGUUGUAGGUAAUGUAGAUAUUAUGUAAGGUUUUCAAACAAAAUAUCGAUAGAAUUCGAUACUGCCUACAAGCGAAUAUCGGUCUCAUUGGGAUAGGAAAUUCAGCAAAGAUAAGACUGAUAUGCGAUUAUGGGUAGUACACUGGUCUAUGGAAUUGGUGCUGUUGAUGUUUUACGAGUUGUU